UAUAAUAACAAUCUGGUUUCGUUUGCAGCAGUUGUAUUCAUAAUAGUACGUUGUUUUUAUACCUUUAACUAAUUAAAAAGGAGGCUAAUCUAUUGCAAUCAAUAAUUCUACUUUCAUACCAAUACAGCUGUAAGAGGAAAACAUUGUGUUUUGAGCAAGGAAUUUUGGAAAGUUUACUUGAGAAUGACAACUCAACAACCUACUAUAGUGAACUCCGCCCUUCGAACAAAACGUCUGCGAAUUAUUUCCAAACUUGGCAACGUUCUAAUUAUCGCUGGUGUUCUAACGUUUGGUUUCAGCGUUAGUAUGUACGGUGCACUACGGAUAAAGGAUGUUCCAAUAAAUCAACACCAUACUUCACUUAUUGCGUCGUUCUGGAUCAUUGCUACUGGAAUAUUGGCUGUGUGUACUCGUCCCAAAUCACAAGGGCGAGGAUUAGUCGGGACGUUUAAUGCUUUCGCAAUUACAUCAAUCAUUUUAGCUUUCUUGGCUUUUGGCACAUCAGUAGCUGGAGUUGUAAUGUAUGCUAAAUGUGGCCGUCGUAGUCCAAAAAAUUGCCGGAAGAGUCCUGAUUAUGGAAACGUUGUAUAUGCAUUGCUUUUAGCACUACACCUGUUGGAGAUGGCUAUUUCAAUUGCAGCCACAGUGUAUGGUUUUAAAGUUUAUAACUGCUGCAGCCAUAGAUCAGAUGCGAUUGGAAACAAAUGUAAAAUUACUUGCAGCAGGCAUAGGACAAGAAUCAAAUGCUCAGAUGUUUCAAGCAACAUCACGAGAUACAGUUUUCCAAAACACAAUGGCUCCGCAACCGCAGCAAAACCAAACGCUGGUUACAAGCACCUCGGGUGAGCAAUUUAUUUUGACACCUGUCAGAUCAAUGUCGCAAAGACCUCCAAUUGGCCCACCAGUUCCAGGAACCACCGAAAACGGCUACGCUGCAUUACAAUAUUCCUACAAUAAUUUUUGAUUGAAUAAUGCACGGAAAUAAAGAUAAUGGCAUUGUCUAUUGUAAAGUUGAUUUGAAGAUAUGGAUCAAAAACUAACACUUUAAUAAUAAAACAUAGUAAUCACUUACAUUAUUCACUGGAAAUAAAAUACAUUCUUUCGUAA